AUGCCCCGCUCCCAGGAGCCGCCCGGAGUCCCGCGCCCGGACUUUGCCAUCGGCGGGGGGCCAGCCCUGGGAGCGCCCGGAAUGCGUCCUGCAGCCGCAGCCUGAGGCCUGCUCUGCCCUGUGUCUUUCAAGCUUUAUCCCUUGCGGGGAAUGUGACCGGGACUGAGGGGCCACCAGAAGCAUGGAGACAGUGGUGAUCGUUGCCAUAGGUGUGCUGGCCACCAUCUUUCUGGCCUCGUUCGCAGCCUUGGUGGUGGUUUGCAGGCAGCGGUACUGCCGACCUCGGCCCCGGGACCUGCUGCAGCGCUAUGAUUCCAAGCCCAUUGUGGACCUCAUCGGUGCCAUGGAGACCCAGUCUGAGCCCUCUGAGCUGGAACUGGACGACGUCGUCAUCACCAACCCCCACAUCGAGGCCAUUCUGGAGAACGAAGACUGGAUUGAGGAUGCCUCGGGUCUCAUGUCCCACUGCAUUGCCAUCUUGAAGAUCUGUCACACUCUGACAGAAAAACUUGUUGCCAUGACGAUGGGCUCAGGGGCCAAGAUGAAGACUUCAGCCAGCGUCAGCGACAUCAUCGUGGUGGCCAAGCGGAUCAGCCCCAGAGUGGACGAUGUUGUGAAAUCGAUGUACCCGCCGCUGGACCCGAAGCUCCUGGAUGCACGGACAACGGCCCUGCUCCUGUCUGUCAGUCACCUGGUGCUGGUGACCAGGAAUGCCUGCCACCUGACCGGGGGCCUGGAUUGGGUAGACCAGUCGCUGUCCGCUGCUGAGGAGCACUUGCAAGUCCUUCGAGAAGCGGCCUUGGCCUCUGAGCCAGAGAAAGGCCUCCCAGGCCCUGAGGGCUUCCUGCAGGAGCAGUCGGCCAUCUAGUGCCGGCUGGCCAGCCGCUGACCACAAGGGCCGGCCUGCUGCUGUCUGCGGGCGGCCCGGCCGAGCCUUCCACUUUUCCUGUCGUUAGUUCCGCACGGCUCGGGGUCCAGCCGUGUGCAUCAUAAAUCAGGAGAGCCCGUGGGUUGAUGCCUCUGUUGCAGUUGCAGAUGGUGGCUGGCGAGUGGCAGUCUGACACCACAGUUAGGGGAGACGCCAUUCACCGUCUGCCAGCCCUCUGAGCACUGGUGGACUCUAACCUUUAUUCGGCUCACCUGGUGCUUUCGGGGAAACUGAGCCACCACCUGAGAAUCAGGAGGUUUCUCAGCACAAUCAGCAUUUCUGGCUUCCCUUGAACAAUCAGAAGGUGAGGCAACUCUGACCUGCAUUUUCCAAAGAGGACAAUCAAUUGGAACUAAGUAGGAGUAGCCCUUUUUUUUUUUUAAUCCUCACC